AUGUCAAGUAAUGUCAUCUCCAAGCUAUAUCCAGUUGGCGCGUCGGAUCCAAGACUCGUUUAUGAGCCUGCGGACGCUUGGGGUUCGUUCUGUAGUAACGGUGACUUGGGCACGCGAACAGCGGGGUCUAGCGUCACGUUCACAUUCAACGGUACCUUUGUCGAAGUCUACGGUUCGUCAGGCUCAGCGAAGACUAGCGCGUCAUUCGUUUUGGACGGUCAACAGGCUGUCGACUACACUAGCUCCGGAGCCAGCUCGCAGGCUCUACCACUCUACCAUUCGUCCACCCUCAUUUACAGCCAACAUACGCUCAAAGUAACGGUACAGGGUGACGACCCAUCGCUUUGCCUUCAACAGUUGCAGUAUACCGGCACACUAGACCCAGCAGCUCCUUCGACCUCCUCGGCUCCGGAACCAACGAACACUCAAUCACUCGACAGUUCUCCCACUACGGCUACCUCAGUCUCCAACCACCUCCCAGCGGGGACGAUAUGUGGGAUCGUGAUAGGCAGCAUCGUCGUCUUGCUCCUUGUCAUCUUCACCAUCUUGAGAACGAGUGGACAUCGUCUUGAUGAUAUGCCCAAGUCGCCUCCUCCCCCGGUGGGCAUGGAUGCAUUCCGGAAACUGCUGCUGCAGCGCGCCCAGAAGGCGACCAUGACACGUCUCGCCUCCGGCCCGAACUCGAAGAAGAGUUCGUCAAACGGGACUCGGUCAACCGCCAUCUUCUCCUCCGUCGUCAUACUCACGCCCCUGUGUCAUCCUCCGGAGGAAGUCGUGAUCCGAAUCGAGCCAGCGUUCCAGUUCGCACUUGGUGCGAACUUCGCCACUCGUACUUCGUUCCAUCAUCCACUCAUGGGUCACCGGUCAUCAUUGGGUGGCUUUGAAUCUCGUGGGUCUACUCCGUAA